UCUCAGGAAGGCGCAUUUUAAAUAAUCUUUGGAAAACAUCCUUUCAUCCACCCCCCUUUCACACACACAAACACAUUCUCAAUCCCAAUAACACGUGCUUCUGAACUGUCAAUCGCAACUCUAGCACCACAGAAAAGUGUAAAUAAACCGCGGCACUCGUUCACCCGCUUAAACCAAGAUGCCUCGUUUUAAGAAAAACAACCCAAGACAUCGCGGUAAAAAGUUCUAUGGACCAAAUAAAAAGAUCAAGAAAUUACAACCGGCGGACUUCGAUAGGAAAAAGAAAAACGCGAAGUUCAUUAAGCGUAGCAAGGAAGCGGAAGAGGCUCAACGGAGGCAGAAGUUAGUCGAGGAUAAGUACAGAUCGAAGAGCACUAAGCCUGUGGAGGAGUUCGAUGACUCGAUGUCAGAAACUGAGGAGCAUGUGAAUCCAUUUGAUCAACUGGUGGCCGGAUUUCGGCAAAAUAAUGAAGAAAAUGGCAAAUACAGAGUGAUCGACAGUUCGGAUGAUGAAACUGAUGAUCAACAGGCUGACUCCGAUGAGGAAGAUGAAGAAAUGGAAGCCGAAGAGAUGAGCGAAGAGUCAGAUGCAUCUAUUGAUGAAGAAAUCGAAGACAUUGAAGAUCAGGAAGACGAAACUGAAGAAGGAGAAGAAGAAGCUUCAGGCGAUGAAUUCGAAGAUGAUAUGAGUGAUAAUUCUGCGGAAGAUUCAGAUGAUGAAAAUGAUAACAAUGAUGUCGAAGAUGAUAGUCUUGCUGCUGACGAAAAAGAACAGCAAAUCGAAGAGGAAGAGCUCGAUGAAGAAACCGAACGCAUAGAAACUAACACCAAAUCAAAAUCAAACGAUCUAUUCUCACUACAUUUGGACCACGACAUUUCAUCAGACCUAUUUGAAUCUUUAGCCGCGAAACCACCGGUAAUACGUAAAGAUCGUUUAGAGUGGCCGAUUCUGGGCAAUUUGCAAAUAGAAAUUCCAACAACGAAUAAAACCUCAAAACCAGGCAAGAAGAAUUCUCAGCCUCGUUCAAAUAAAAAAAGUCUUCUAGAUGAAGUAGAUGUUUUUGCGACUGAAGGGGAGUUACCUACACUUUUAAGUCAUAAAACAUUUGAUUUCGAUAAGUGCAACGUAAAAUCCCAACUACAAUCCAAUUUUACAUUUGCGAACAGUGCAAAUGCUUCAACCCAUAUUAUAACCCCACUCCAAGCUGAGCUAUUCUCCGUGAUGAACAACUAUCAGGAUUUAUUCUAUCCAAAUCGGACACUGCAAAAUGGCGAAGAAAUCCGUCUAUUGUAUUCAUUGCAUGCAUUGAAUCAUAUGCUGAAGACGAGAACGAAAAUUUUGCACCACAAUGCGAAACUUACAGCGGCCGCCAGCAGCAACAAGGAAAAUGCAAUAGUUCCUGACACAUAUCGAGAUCAAGGACUUGUUCGACCCAAAGUGCUGAUUUUGCUUCCCUUCAGAGAUUCAGCUUAUCGUGUGGUUAAUAUGUUUGUGAAAUUGCUAUUUGGAGAGAAAGAGGAACACGCGAAGACUAGUGGUGGCGUUAUAAAUUACAAACGCUUCGAAGAAGAAUUCACCGGCGAUUCAAUUCGCUUCCCUACACACAAUCCUAAACCUGAAGAUUAUGAAAAGACAUUUGCCGGCAACACAGAUGACACCUUCCGAAUCGGCAUUUCCUUUACAAAGAAAUGCAUAAAACUCUACACGGAAUUCUACUCGUCCGACAUCCUAAUAGCUUCACCACUGGGUCUUCGUAUGAUCAUCGGUGCACCAGGCGAGGCAGAGCGUGACUUUGACUUUCUCGCAUCCAUUGAACUACUCAUUCUGGAUCAAGCUGAAUUAUUUCUGGCUCAGAAUUGGGAUCAUCUGCUGCAUGUCUUCGAUCAUCUGCAUUUGCAGCCUCAAUCUGUUCGCAGCACUGAUUUCUCUCGCGUCCGAUCGUGGAGUUUGAAUGGAUGGGCCCGUUUCUAUCGACAAACGUUACUCUUCACGUCACAUGAGCUUCCAGAAUUUCGAUCAUUGUUUAACAGUCGCUGCGCUAAUUAUAGAGGCAAAGUGCGUGCUGCUAAUCCAAUUAUCGACGGAUCGAUUCGGCAUGUUAUUACACAGAUACCACAGGUGUUUCAUAAAAUUGAUGUAUCAUCCAUUGAGUCUUCGUUUGAUGUGCGAUUCAAGUACUUCAUAAAUGAAAUUCUUCCACAGUUCACCGGCCCCUCAAUGGCGCACUGUAUGAUUUAUGUUCCGAGCUAUUUCGAUUUCGUCCGUUUGAGAAACCAUUUCAAAACGGAGACUAUGAACUUUGUACAAAUCUGUGAAUAUACCAAGGACGCGAAAAUUGCUCGCGCUCGUGAUAUGUUCUUUCAUAGUGCAGCCCAUUUCCUACUAUAUUCAGAACGUGCACAUUUCUUCCGACGAACAAGGAUUAAGGGUAUACGACAUUUAAUUAUGUAUCAGCCCCCAUUCUGGCCUCAUUUGUAUUCGGAAAUGGUGAACUUAAUGCAGGAUAGCAAUCAAAAUCCUCGAGAUGGUCUGGAAUCAUCUAUGUCUGUGACGAUAUUGUAUACAAAGUAUGACAUGUUACAAGUAUCAGCUAUUAUUGGGACGGAACGAGCUGCAAAAAUGUUCAAGUCACCGAAGACGACGUGUAUGUUUAUGACAGGUGACUGAACUUGAUGUUUAUAGCCACUUUGGUGGAAAUAGAAAAGUGAUUGUACAUAAAACGUUUCUCUAGUUGUAAUAAAUAUGUAUUAAGUAAUCA